CAGGCGCGGCGGAAGCGCCGUUGCGACCGUGGCCAACCUAUAACUUGCGUAUAGCUUAACGAGCGGCUAAACAAUCCCAAGUGCGCAAGGUCUUCCAACCCAAGGCUGGAGAGUUAUACCUUAUUUAUUGCAAAUAGUCUUAGUGCUGGCUUGCUAUACUCCUUCUUCUGCUUAUAGAUUUAAAGAGCAUGGGUAUCUUAGCGACUCUUAAAAGCUUAGGCCUCUCUUGUAAGGCGCCUAGCUAUAUUACCUAUAACAUUAACUCUAGAGAGUUCGAGUGGCAGGAUAAGUAUAGGGAUAGCAGAAAUCUUUUAUAUAAAUAUAAGUUCCCUAUUAUAUAUUUUUCUAGCUCUAAAUUCCUAGAAUAUAGCAUAAUAGGGUAAGUUCUGGCAAAAGACCUAUAGCUGUAAGAUAAAUCUAUAUUAUAGCUAUCUGCAGUCCUAUAUUGUGGUGUUGUAAGAGCUUUUAUAAAGAGGCAUACUUUACGUUAUAUCUUAAAAGACAAAGUAAGAGAUUUAGAUCCUUUAUUAAGUAUAAUGCCUAUUUGCUUAAGUUUAUUAUAGAUGGUGAUUAAUCCCUAACUGUAUAGGCAAACAGAACAAGAACCACAUAGUGGUAAUCCUAC